AAACAGAUUCAUGCCCAUCCCAGAUCAGGAUAUGCUUCUCAUAUUAGUGUUUCUACUUGGAGCCACAUCAGGAAUAAUCGACGCUAGAUGUGGAAUUGGAUUCAUUACCGUUCGUCUCCGUCCCGAAAACUGCAAACCGAAACAAGUUCUUGGAUUUGGCUGUCGUGGAACAUGCACAUCAUAUACAAAACCAUCGUACACAGAUCCAGGGUCAGUAGAACGCUUUUGUGAAUGCUGUAGAGAAGGAGAAAGUAUAGAGAGAGGAGUUCUCAUGGAAUGCCAUGACGGUACAGGUAUAUAUAGGAACGUGUCUCUUCCAAUCAGAAUACCAACUUCAUGUUCGUGCCGACCUUGUUCUGCUUUACCUGGAAGAGUGACUCCAGGUGAAGAGGAGCUAUAUGGCCACAGGGGAGGAAAAAGGUCAGAAGGUCAACAACGUACAGAAGCGGAUGCUAAAUUUAUAAUUGACCAUUCAGAAGAACGUGUCAAUCAAUUGAAUGAAAAACAUGUAUAACGAUUCUUUUUCAUGACAGGGUGUGGGUUUUCAAUUUUUUUAAAAUUAAAGAUUGAUUUUGUACCUUUGUAAUAAAAGUUAUUUCGUGAAUUUUGGAUUUUUAUGUAGAGAUUUUUUUCAGCCUGUGUUUGAAAACAAAAAUCUUGCUUGUUGGAACUGAGAAUCAAUUUAAUCGAUCAGAAAAUUUGAGAUAGAAUUGUUUGUUUUCUAUACAACGAAGUGUUACAAGUAUUUGAAAUGAGUAAAU